UGCAAAAUUGAAGUCUGAAGGGGAAAAAAAAAGGAGAAAAACCCACCGCCCGCCCAGAUCACCGAGAUCGACGGCGAAGGUCAAGGCGGAGGAGGCUUCCCGAUCCUCCCGCCGCCGCCGCGAGCCAGGGCUACAAAGGAGGCAUUCGAGUUAGUGCCUGGAUUAAGUCGGCAGCAUGUCCUCGAAGAAUAUAGAGCUCGACCACAAGGAUAUGGUCCAUGAUUCUGCCUUUGACUACUAUGGAAAGCGUCUUGCCACAGCCUCCUCAGACUCCACUGUGAAGGUCAUCAACAUUGGAGGUGCAUCCACCCCAUCCCAGCUGCUUGCAACCCUCAGUGGCCACUAUGGACCUGUGUGGCGUGUUGCAUGGGCCCAUCCCAAGUUUGGUUCGCUUCUUGCAUCCUGUGGCUAUGAUGGCCGCGUGAUAGUUUGGAAGGAGGGUGCAGCUGGGCAAUGGUCUCAAGCCCAUGUGUUUGACAACCACAAAUCUUCAGUUAACUCCAUUGCUUGGGCUCCGUAUGAUCUUGGUCUUUCCCUUGCCUGCGGGUCUUCGGAUGGGAGCAUCUCUAUGAUGACCAUGCGCCCUGAUGGAGGAUGGGAUUCUGCAACCAUCGAGCGAGCACACCCUGUUGGCGUUAUGGCAGUCUCAUGGGCUCCAGCAAAUGCACUUGGUUCCAUUGUUGGCUCAGGGGAACUAGUCCAGAAGCUUGUCUCUGGUGGCAUCGACUCUGUUGUCAGGGUGUGGGCUUUUGUCAGUGGUAGCUGGAAGCUGGAGUACGCUCUGCCCUCUGAGAUGCACACGAACUGCGUGAGAGAUGUAUCCUGGGCACCGGUUUUGGGCCUGGCGAAGUCGACCAUUGCCAGCGCCUCUGAAGAUGGUAAGGUUGUCAUCUGGACCAAGGGAAAAGAGGGCGACAAAUGGGAAGGGAAGGUGAUGCACGACUUUGAGGCUCCGGCAUGGAGGGUAUCCUGGUCAUUGACUGGAAACAUAUUGUCUGUGGCGGCCGGCUCCGACAAUAUCACACUGUGGAAGGAAGCAUCAGAUGGUCAGUGGGAGAAGGUGACCAAGAUUGAGUCUUAGAAUGCCUCAGAUGGCCUGCAGUUUCCAAUUUGUCUCAGAUUCAGUCAGAUACAUACAUGUUUCUAGGAGCAAUGGAAUCCACCAGUGUACUGAACUACUCCCUCCAUCCUAAAAUGUAACUACUUAGGAUGGAAUUUGACCUCUCUUAAGAUUACGAAUCUAGACAGUAUCAAAUCUUACCCUAGAUAGCUGCAUUUUGGGAUAGAGGGAGUAGAACUGAUAGAUAAGUAGAUAACCACACUCACUUCCUAUCCAUUUCUCCAGCUGUCGUUUCUACCUGGGCACCUGUGCUAUGUCUGUUUACACCUUUAAAUUUACUCAAAUGAUGAGACAUCUACGAGAUGACUAUAAUAUCUUGGGUUUUCAUCAUGUUUUUACAUAGUCGAAAUAAAGUAAUUUUAUCC